ACACCACAGAAUUUACAGUACGAAAAAAAAAAAUGAACAUCACAAAAGCUUAUGUGAUUAUUUUCCUUGUAGUGAUACGAACAAACUCAUUUCCCAACUCUAAUGGUUUGGCUUCAUCAGUGAUCGAGACAUCAAAAAAUGAUGUAUGCUUUGUACCAUGCACGAUUAGGUAUGGAACAUUUGAAUGCUUUCAUGACUGUUUUCUCAAGGAUUACCGUGAUGGAAAUUGUGUCCAUGGACGAUGUUGUUGCACUAAAUGAUAGAAAUCGUUUUGCAAUUUGAAACUGAAUUAUGUUUUUACUAGCAUAGA